UGGACCUGACGGGUAGCCGCGUCAACAACUCAAUUAUCUUCAGAACCCCUCUAACGCCCCAUCCGCAAAACUGAUCUCAUAAUACACCAUGUCUUCAGGUGAUGCACCAGUAGACAAAGCUGCCGAGGCGGCGGCACGUGCCCUCGAGGAAGAAGAGCAAGCUGCACUUCCCUACAAAUGGACUCAGACAAUCCGCGACCUCUCCCUCAACUUCACCGUCCCCGGAAACCUCAAAGGCCGAGACCUGGUCGUCGAUAUCAAGAAGACGAAGUUGAGCGCUGGAGUUAAGGGGCAGGAGCCAAUUAUAAGUGGUGACCUGCCACAUCCCAUCCACGUCGACGAGUCUACAUGGACACUCGCCUCGAUCCCUGCUGUUGAUGGCAAGGAGCUAAAGCAGAUCGACAUCCAUCUCGAUAAAAUGAACAAGAUGCAGUGGUGGGAGCACGUUGUCACAUCGGCGCCGAAGAUCGACGUGACCAAGAUCCAGCCUGAGAACAGCAACCUGGGCGACCUGGAUGGCGAGACAAGGGGAAUGGUCGAGAAGAUGAUGUUUGACCAGAGGCAGAAGGAGCUGGGUAAGCCCACGAGCGAGGAGCAGAAGAAGGCAGAUAUGCUGGCGCAGUUCCAGAAACAGCACCCCGAGUUGGAUUUCUCGAACGCAAAGAUGAGUUAGAUAGGCAUGAGGAUGCCCCAGAGUGGCAAAAAAUUGAGGCAUGGGAUCGGCGGAAUUGCAUAGCAGCGGUGUUUAUAUGAAGUACGAUAAUCCUACAACGAGAUCACGACAAUUUAGUCCCAAC